UUCAUAUUCAACUAUUUGAUCAAAUGUAAUGUUAAAAACGUUUAAGUUUAAUUUCCACAUUUUCAUUUUUAGUCAAUUCUUGUUACGCAAGGAUAAAACAUCGACAUUAUGAGAAUCUUACUUAUUGUUCUUAUGUAUUAUGCGGCUACCACAUAUGCGGUACCGCUUAGCGCCCUUCUUGGAGGCUUGACAAAUAACCGACCACGUUAUGGCUCGACUGGUGGUUCGAGUAUUUCGGGAGGCCUUCUUAAAACGGCUACAAACAGCGCAUCUGGAACGGGCAGUUCGGGCGGUCUUAUUGGUGGUCUCCUUGGAGCAAAACCUCCUUCUGCACCAUCAAAACUCACUCCACUCGAAGAUCCUGUCGAGAGUGUGGCUUCUGUUAUAAACGUGCCGUAUCCUGUCGAAAAUAUCGGAGACGUGGCAGUGACAGCAACUAGUGAAACCCUUCCUGUUAAAUAUGAGCCGAAAACCAGUCCUCCUAUCGAAAAUGUAUCUCCUUCUGUCAAUGUCGAAAGUGUUACUGUUACAGUUGACGAUGCUACAAAAACCAUCGAAACUCCAAUUGUAGAUGCAACAGACUCUCUUCCCACAAAUGCUGUACCGCUAAACGAUUUCUCAACAGUUGGAUCGGUGGGAGGAAGUUCGGGUGGUCUUCUCGCAGAAGCGACGCAAGCGCUUCCCAUCGGCAGCGGUUCCAGUGGACUUCUGACAAAUCUCAUCGCAGAUCUGACAAAAAUUCUUCCAGUUGGUCGUCUUCUCGGUAACGUUGCUUAA